AUGAGCGAACCGACGCUCCGGUGCGGCGCCGACGGCUGUAAUGAAAAGUUUUUCACUCCGGGUCUACGACGGGGUCAUCAGAUCGCUGUUCACAAUAGGAAACGGCUUAAACAUAAACCGAAACGAGAGCAAGCGUGCGAUUGGCCCGGAUGUGAAUGGAUGGGAAAAGGGAUUAAUGUCCAUAAACUCGUCCAUACGGGUGAGCGACCAUUUGUGUGCGUUUGGCCCGAUUGUGGUAAGAGUUUUAAAGAUAGGAACCGAUUGAGAGAUCACAUGAAUAUCCACAACAAUGUGCGCCCAUAUGUGUGUCAAUGGCCCGGAUAAGACAAUCAACACUUCCGGACAUUAUCUCAACGAUUGGAUCAAUUGAGUGAUGAAACGUAUGGAUCGGUUGUCCUCAACAUUAAGACUGAAUUUAAAGACCGACUGAAGAGUCCAUCAAAUGAUCGACAAAUGAGACAAAGAUAUGAAACACAAGAAGUGAAUCAAAGUAUUGACGAUAACAGCGAUGGCAUGAAUGAAGACAUGUUUGACAAUAAAUAUUCAUUAAAUUCAAUGACUGAUGAAAUACAGACAUUAAUAAACAACACUUCAAAACCAUCGACAUCUCAGUCAUCACAAGUGAUGGUAAACGAAGACAUCAAUAGAAAGAGUAGUGAAGACUCGAUGGAAAUGCCAUCAAAACAAUUGAUGUCUAAAUUGUUGGCACAAAAUAAGACCAAAAGAAGGUGCGAUAAGAUAUUCUCUCAUAAGGCUAGACUCGACUGUCAUUUAUUAAUCCACAAAAAUGACAAGAAAUUUAAAUGCGAUUACAAAGACUGCGAGUACACUGGCCUUACGAAAUGGGCUCUACAAUAUCAUAUGGUCUCCCAUUCGGCCAACAGAUCUACGUUUGACUGCCCGGUCGACGGAUGCCGGAAGUCAUUCAAGACAUCCGGUGGUCUUAAGAGCCACUCGCGGACUCAUCUGAGCGAACCGACGCUCCGGUGCGGCCGCGACGGCUGUAGUGAAAAGUUUUUCACUCCGGGUCAACGACGGGCUCAUCAGAUCGCUGUCCACAAUAGGAAACGGAUUAUACAUAAACAACGAAAGCGACGGUGCGAUUGGCCCGGAUGUGAAUAUUUGGGAACUGGUGUUAGUGAGCAUAAACGUGUCCAUACGGGAGAGCGACCACAUGUGUGCGUUUGGCCCGAUUGUGGUAAGAGUUAUAAGGAUUUACAGCGAUUCAAAGAUCAUAUGAAUAUCCACAACAAUGUGCGCCCAUAUGUGUGUCAAUGGCCCGGAUGUGAGUACUCGGCCACUUGUUUUGAGUAUUUAUAUAGACAUAAGAACCCACUCUUGAGAUGUUGUGUCAGCGACUGUCAGAUGAUAUUGGGAUCAAGUGAUGACGUGUCUAAACACUUAGAUCUUCAUAUAUCUGAGCCGACCAUUGAGUGCCGAACCGAUGGCUGUAUUGACAUGUUUUGCACUGAAGAGCAACAGAUGAGACAUGAGAUGAUAAUUCACGCCAAAAGAGGUGAUAAUAAAGACGUGAAUAGAGGGCCGCAAACAGUGGCGAACACGACAUCAGUGUUGACAACAUCUCAAGAAAUGAUUAGAAGGAAAGCGAGAGAACUGAUAGAACAGAUCCAAUCACACGAACCCUUCACUCAAGAGAUCUCUAAAUUGGAUAAAGACUGCGAUAAAGCCAUCGCUCGGCCGAAACCUUUGGCCACCGAUAAUAGUAUUGACCCAAACGUUGUGACAUAUAUUCCCGACCGACUCCAGAGCGGAUCCAAUGGACAACAAAUGAGACCACUAGGAGUUAGACAAAGAAUGUUUGACACAAUUCAAUGCUCUGAAGGCGUGUCUGUGUUUCGAUGUCUUGUCAGCGAUUGUCUGAUGAUAUUUACCACAGAAGAGUGUUUACAAAAACACUUGGAUUUACAUACGACUGAUCCGACCAUUGAGUGCGGAUACGAGGGAUGUAUUGAUAUGUUUCACACGAGAAACCAAUUGAACAGACAUUGGCUGAAGACUCAUAGCCUGAAUGCGAGUCACUCUAAGUAUCAGAUGCUUAAUAAACAGUUUAGAUGUGAUGUCAAUGGAUGUGAUUAUCACACCUGUAAUGAAAGUAUUUUCAAAGAUCACACGAAUGGACACAAAAAUGUUAUUGAAACAGAGAAUCCACUGAAGAGUGCGUCAAAUGAUCUACAAAUUGAAAUACAAGAAGUGAUGCCAACAAUGGAUGACAACAACCAACACGUGUUUGAGAGCCCAGUCUUCAGGUGUGGAGUCACUGACUGUCAGAUGAUAUUCACAUCAAAACAGCAUUUGUAUCAACACUUGGAUCAACACAUGAAUGAUCUCGACUUGGGAUCAGAUGUCAACGAAGAACCCGAAGAUAGUUGUGUGGAACCGAUGAAUACAGAAAUGCAGACACUAUUGAACAGUACUUCAAAGCCAUCGACAUAUCAAUCAUCACAAGAGAUGGUAAACAAAGAUAUGAUUGGAAAGGGACAAUGCGAGUCCGACGGCUGUGACCAUACGUUUCGUACGGCAAUGCAAUUGAUUAGACACCGAUUAGAGGCACACAAACUGCCGGCAAACUAUGGCGUCAAACGCUGUCAAUGGCCCGGAUGUGAGUACAUGGGAACCGAUCGGUCUCACAUACGGCGGAAGCACACCGGCGAGAGACCCUACCCGUGCUUAUUGCUCGCGUGUGGUAAACGCUUUGUAUCUAACAGUGACCUCAAAAUACAUAUGAAUAUUCACAACAAUAUUAAACCGUUUGCGUGUGAGUGGCCUGAAUGUGGUCAACGGUUUGCAACUAAAGGACAAUUUAAUAGUCACAUGAAUGUCCACAACAAUGUGAGGCCGUACGCGUGCGAUUGGCCAGGGUGCGGCAAACGCUUUUUAGCAAGUGCACUUCUUAAAUAUCAUUUGAAUAUUCACAAUAACGUGAAGCCAUACGCGUGCGAUUGGCCCGCGUGCGAGUACAGAACCGCGUAUUACCCGAGUGUUCACUUACAUAAACUACAAGUCCAUAAAAUGUAUGGACACAAAUACCCGUGCGAUUGGCCAGAAUGUGGUAAACAGUUUGCAAAUAAGCAAACACUCGGAUAUCAUAUGAAUGUCCACAAAAAUGUUAAGCCCUAUGCGUGUGAUUGGCAUAAAUGUGAGUACAGGUCAACCAAUCACUCCAGUGUCCUGAUACAUAAAAAACAUGUCCACACAAAACAUAUGAACACCGGCGGCCAUAAUAAUAAAAAACUGUUCGCGUGUUUAUGGCCUGAAUGUGGUAAACAGUUUGCCUCUAAACCGACGCUCACUGACCACAUGAAUGUCCACAACAACGUCAAGCCGUAUGCCUGCGAUUGGCCUGAAUGUGACCCAGUCUUGAGAUGUUGUGUCAGCGACUGUCAGAUGAUAUUGGGAUCAAGUGAUGACGUGUCUAAACACUUAGAUCUUCAUAUAUCUGAGCCGACCAUUGAGUGCCGAACCGAUGGCUGUAUUGACAUGUUUUGCACUGAAGAGCAACGGAUAAGACAUGAGAUGAUAAUUCACGCCAAAAGAGGUGAUGGCGUGAAUACAGCGCCGCAAACAGUGGCGAACACGACAUCAGUGUUGACAACAUCUCAAGAGAUGGUCAGAAGGAAAGCGAGAGAACUGACAGAACAGAUCCAAUCACACGAACCCUUCACUAAAGAGAUCUCUAAGUAUUGUCUAAAUAAAUCCGAAAGAGAGAAAUGCUUUCAUUUCAAUACAAAUGAAUUUAUUUGUCCCAUAAAUGAGUGCCACAAGAGUUACGAAACGGACGAUUCAUUUCGCGACCACUUCUUCUAUUAUCACUCCAGAAGAAUAGAUAAAGACUGCGAUAAAACCAUCGGUGAGAACGUUGUGAUACUUAUUCCGGAUCGACUCCAGAGCGGAUCCAAUGGACAACAAAUGAGACCACAAGAGGUUCAACACGAAGUUAGACGAAGAAUGUUUCAAACCAUUCAAUGCUCUGAAGGCGUGUCUGUGUUUAUAUGUCUUGUCAGCGAUUGUCUGAUGAUAUUUACCACAGAAGAGUGUUUGCAUAAACACUUGGAUUUACAUACAACUGAUCCGACCAUUGAGUGCGGAUACGAGGGAUGUAUUGAUAUGUUUCACACGAGUAACCAAUUGAACAGACAUUGCCUGAAGACUCAUAACCUGAAUGCGAGUGACUCUAAGUAUUUGAGUGAUAAUCAAAUGAUUAACAAAUUGUUUAGAUGUGAUGUCAAUGAAUGUGAUUAUCACACCUGUAAUGAAAGUAUUUUCAAAGAUUACACGAAUGGACACAAAAAUGUUACCGAAAAAGAGGAUCCACUGAAGAGUACAUCAAAUGAUCGACAAAUUGAAAGACAAGAAGUGAUGUUAACAAUGGAUGACAACAACCAACACAUGAUAGAGAGCCCAGUCUUCAGGUGUGGAGUCACUGACUGUCAGAUGAUAUGCACAUCAAAACAGGAUUUAUAUAAACAUUUAGAUCUUCAUAUGACUGAUCCGACCAUUGAGUGCGGAUACGAGGGAUGUAUUGAUAUGUUUCACACCGAAAACCAACGAAACAGACAUCAAAUGCAGAUUCACGACAAUAGAGAUGAUAAUCAAGACAUGAAUCCAAAUCUAUUACAACAAUCUAAUCAAGAAGUGAAUCAAAGUGUUGACGACUCGUAUAACAGCAAUAGACUGAAGUUGGGAUCAAUUGAUAUUUGUGUGGAAUCGAUGAAUACAGACAUGAGUUCAGUGACUAAUGAAUUGCAAACACAAGUGAACAGCACUUCAAAGGCAUUGACAUCUCAAUCAUCACAAGAGAUGGUAAUAAGUAGAGCCCGAGAACUGGUCCAACAAAUCGAAACGUUAGACUCCGAGGCCUUCAAAAGUUACGGAACCGACGAUUCAUUUCGACACCACUUCUUCUCUUUUCACUCCAGAAGAAUAGAUAAAGACUGCGAUAAAGCCAUCGCACGGUCGAAGCCGUUAUGCACUGGAAGUGUAAUUAACCGAAAUGUUGUGACACAACUCCAGAGGGAAUCCAAUGGACAACAAAUGAGACUAAAAAAGGCCCGAAAAGAAGUGAUGCGAACAAUGUUUGACAAAAUGAAAGGCUCGGAUGGCGUGUAUGUGUUUCGAUGUCUGGUCACCGAUUGUCUGGACGUGUUUACCACCGAUGAGUGUUUGCAAAACCACUUGGAUUUACAUACGAGAGAUCCCACUGUUAAGUGCGGAACCGAUGGCUGUAAUGACAUGUUUUGCACCGAAAAGCAACGAAUCAGACACGAGUUUGUGGCUCACAAACGGCCGCCCGAAGCGUGCAAAAAGCGCUGCCAUUUCCCGGGCUGUAACUAUUUUGGCCACAAUUUGAACAGGCACAAAUGGUUCCACCUGAGGCCCUACCCCUGCCAUUGGCCCCAAUGUGGUCAACGGUUUGCCUCACAAAAAGCACUCGAUCUCCAUAUGCAUCGACACAACUAUAUUAAGCCAUUCCUAUGUGUUUGGCCAGAAUGUGGUCAACGGUUUACCACACAAAAGGCACUCAACGUCCAUAUGUAUCGACACAACAAUAUUAAGCCAUUCCCGUGUGUUUGGCCCGAUUGUGGCCAACGGUUCGUAAAUAAAAGUUCACUCAAAGCGCACACAAAUAGACACAACAAUAUUAGGCCGUUUGCGUGCGUUUGGCCCGAUUGUGGUAAAAGGUUUACCGCUAAAACACACCUCAAUAAUCACGUGAAUGUUCACAAUAACGUGAAGCCAUACGCGUGUGAUUGGCCCGCGUGUGAGUACAGGACCGCGCAUUCGGCCAAUGUUUGGAUACAUAAACUACAAGUGCACAAAAUGUCUGGACACAAAUACCCGUGCGAUUGGCCAGAAUGUGGUAAACAGUUUGCAAAUAAGAAUACACUCGGAUAUCAUAUGAAUGUCCACAAAAAUGUUAAGCCCUAUGCGUGCGAUCGGCCGGAAUGUGAUUAUAGAUCAGCCAAUCGGCCGAGUGUUCUGAUACAUAAAAAACAUGUCCACUCGAGUGACGCCAUGAAAACGGUGUUUGCCUGCCAUUGGCCCGAAUGUGGUAAACAGUUCUCCUCUAAACCGACGCUCACUGACCACAUGAAUGUCCACAACAACGUCAAGCCGUAUGCCUGCGAUUGGCCUGAA